GAAGAGAGGAGGGAGAAGGGUGACGUAAGCAGUGAGUACGGGAACUGAUUACCAUUGCGGACAAGCGGAGGAUCGUUCUGUGCUUUCUAUCACUCUCUCUCUCCCUCUCGCACACACACACACUCCCCCUUUUUCUAUUGGAGUUUCUAUCCUCGAUCACUGACUGCUUCUGAACAAACACACACUUACACACACACACACACACGCAUACUCUUACACACACACAGCAGAUAGGGGGGGUCUAACACUCACAUACACACACAGCCACACAUACACACUCACUCACAAACACACACACCAUCUGAUGACAAACCCUCUACGCUCUCCUCCAGUACAUUCAGCGGGGACAUGAUGUGAGUGAGUGUGUAUGUAUUUGAAUGUGAGCGUGUGAGAGAGAGCAAGAUGCGUGUGUGUGAGAGUGUGUAAGCGUCAUCUAUAAACAUCUGACUGGAAGACUACUCCCUGCUCCUGGCAGUUUGCCUUGGCUAUCCAGCAGAGAGUGGACUGUGGGCUGAUAGUUUGGGGAUGUGAGGGAGAAGAGGACUCAUCACAAUGACCAACCAGGACAAGUGGGUCACUCUGACCCCAGCUGAAUUCUCCCUUCUGCAGGAGUAUGCUCAAUACUCAACCAAGAAGCUGAAAGAUGUGCUGCAGGAGUUCCAUGGAGAUGGAGUGUUGGCGAAAUAUAACCCAGAGGAGAAGCAGGACAUACUCAAUCAGGAGAUUGACUUUGAAGGCUUCAAGGUCUUCAUGCAGACGUUUCUGGAGAGCGAGCUGGCAGAGGAGUUCUGUCAACACCUCUUCUUAUCAUUCAGUAACAAGGGACCAAAACCCAGCCCCUCUUCCAUAGACAAGCCCAGAGUUACUGGCCUCAAGCUGAUCAAAGGGAACUCGACCCCUCUGAAGGUGCCCACUCUACCCAGGACUCUGCCCAGACCUCUAGGUAUGGUUCAACUGAAGGACAUCGUCUGCUACCUCUCACUGCUGGAGGGUGGCCGACCCGAGGACAAACUGGAGUUUAUGUUUCGUCUCUAUGAUACUGAUGGGAAUGGGUCUCUGGAUAGUUCGGAACUGGAGCACAUCAUCUCUCAAAUGAUGCAUGUUGCUGAGUACUUGGAAUGGGACGUGACAGAACUGAAGCCGAUUCUGCAGGAGAUGAUGCAGGAGAUCGACUAUGACCAUGACGGCACUGUGUCUCUAGAGGAGUGGAUCCAGGGAGGAAGCACGACCAUCCCCCUGCUGGUACUACUGGGCCUAGAGACGAAUGUGAAAGACGAUGGGCAGCACGUGUGGAGACUGAAGCAUUUCAACAAGCCGGCCUACUGUAACCUGUGUCUGAACAUGCUGAUAGGCCUGGGGAAGCAAGGACUGUGCUGCUCAUUCUGCAAGUAUACAGUCCAUGAGCGCUGUGUGGCCCGUGCUCCUCCGUCGUGCAUCAAAACCUACGUGAAGACCAAGAAAAACACAGAGGUGAUGCACCAUUUCUGGGUGGAGGGGAACUGCCCGACCAAGUGUGACAAGUGUCACAAAACCAUUAAGUGUUACCAGGGUCUGACUGGGCUUCACUGUGUGUGGUGCCAAAUCACGCUUCAUAAUAAGUGUGCCUCCCAUGUGAAACCUGAGUGUGACUGUGGACCGCUGAAGGACCAUAUCCUGCCCCCCAACACAAUCUGUCCUGUCGUACUGGAAAGACAGUCUACGGUGAGGAAAGAUUCCAGAUCCAGCCAAUCAGGAGGCAGAGGGAAGAUGCAGAGAGCCAACUCAGUCACGGUGGAUGGCCAAGGACUACAGAUCACAACAAUAGAGGGAACUCAUCCUCUGCUAGUGUUUGUGAAUCCAAAGAGUGGAGGGAAGCAGGGAGACAGGAUCUACAGAAAAUUCCAGUACCUCUUAAACCCUCGGCAGGUAUACAACCUGGCCAAGAACGGACCCAUGCCUGGGUUGAAUUUCUUCCGAGAGGUUCCAGAUUUCAGAGUGUUAGCUUGUGGUGGGGAUGGGACAGUCGGUUGGAUUCUGGAUUUUAUAGAUAAGGCCAACCUGGACAGGAACCCCCCUGUGUGUGUACUUCCCCUUGGAACAGGAAAUGACCUGGCAAGGUGUCUGCGAUGGGGAGGAGGUUAUGAGGGAGAGAGCAUUCUGAACAUCCUCAGGGACAUAGAGAACAGCUCUGAGGUGUUGUUGGACCGCUGGAAGAUUGACGUCACACCCACGGACAAAGAAGAGAGGGGAGACCCUGUGCCUUACAGCAUCGUCAACAACUAUUUCUCUAUUGGGGUGGAUGCUUCCAUUGCACAUCGGUUCCACAUGAUGAGGGAGAGACACCCUGAACGCUUUAACAGCAGAACAAAGAAUAAGCUGUGGUACUUUGAGUUUGGCACUUCUGAGACCUUCUCGGCCACAUGCAAGAAGCUCCACGACUUUCUGGAGGUUGAGUGCGAUGGCAUCACUCUGGACCUAGACAGCAUCUCUUUGGAAGGUAUCGCAAUUUUAAACAUUCCCAGCAUGCAUGGCGGCUCCAACCUGUGGGGUGAGAGCAGGAAAAGGCGGAGCAACCGCCGGGGAGGGAAGAAGACCCAGGAUAAGAGGACAACAGUGCUGGACCCCAAAGAGCUUCAAUUUGCUGUCCAAGACCCGUCAGACCAGCUGUUGGAGGUGGUGGGUCUGGAGGGAGCCAUGGAGAUGGGACAGAUCCAUAUCGGCCUGAGGAGUGCAGGAAGACGCCUGGCCCAGUGCUCCUCGGUCACCAUCAGGACUACCAAAGCCCUCCCCAUGCAGAUUGAUGGAGAGCCCUGGAUGCAGACUCCCUGUACUAUUGAAAUAGUGCAUAAGAACCAGGCCCCGAUGUUGAUGGGUCCCCCACAAGGCAACAGCUUCUUCUCCUCUGUGAUCCGACGAACAUGCAGCGAGAGCAAAGACUGAGAGAGAGACUUCUUCUCCAGAGAAACAAGCCCUCUUACCCAUGGAGGUCGCUAGGUUUGAUGAUAGGAUGCUAAUUUGUUAGCCUAGCUCCAUUUGGGUCACUACGUUAUGAUGCUAGGAUUCCAAUUUCUUAGCCUAGCUCCAUUCAAUAGCAUACUGUAGCUGUGCAUGCUACAGCUGCCAUGGAAAUGUCAGUGCCCCCCCUUACUUAAUUAGAGUGAGGAACAGAGGCUUUGGUUCAUGAUGUGGUGCCACUCCACAAUGCCAACGCAGUGGCAUUGUUCCUCUGGAACAGUUUUUUACCUUCCCAGAUUACAACUUUAUACCGUUACGAUGGCAUGUUUUUUUUCGAAAUGUCAUUUUUAGAGAGGUCUUGUGCAACGUGCCAUGUGGAUCAAGUCCUUUGAAGGAAGCGACACAUUUCUGUCAAUCAUUGAAAGUCAUUUGUAUGAGAAGGUAUUGAUUUAUGCUGCAUCAAUGUUUUUAAUGUGUUUGCAUUUGAACACCCCAAUGCAUGAUGGACUUUGGAUUACUGUUUAUGGGGUGAACAUAUCUUUCAGGGUGCAUAAGGACAGUGAUGACAUUGAGUUGACGUAUAGUAUAAGUGUUUGGUCUAAGGUAAAGUUUCAGGUUAUUUGCUACGCAAUUCUUCGGGCACUGACUUUCUCUUCAAUGUUGACUUUAUCAGAGAAUGGAUUUAAGAAUCUUAAAGGCUUUGUUAGGUUUCCCACUAAACAUGUUUGACAGGUUGAUGCUCAAAUGUCUUGCAGCUGGAUCAUAUAAACUAUUUAUAUUAAGGAUCAUAGAACAAUUAAGGAAUAUUAAUUGGUAACAAAUGCAUGACACAUGUCACAUGACAUAUACACUUUUUCUAUAUUGCACGGGAUAUCCAGACAAUUUCUUCUAAUUGUGCUGUGCACAUCUUGAGUUGCAUGGAUAACCAAGAUCUAUUUUUGAACCUGUGGAAUUGUACUGUGUUGGUCAUUUUGAAAGUAAAAUACUUUGUCAGGGUUCAACUACUGCCUUUCUCUCACACUAUAUGAAAUCAUAUCAACCUGAAAUCAACAUUUUGUGGUCAGGGAGUCCUGUUUUUCAAGGGCAGGUACUCAGGUAUUUUUAAGAUAUAAUAUUGCUCAAAGGUUUAAACAAUAACUAUUAUUAUACAAAAACCUUUCAAAGAAUAGAAUUGAGUACACCAUGUAGUAGUCCUGUGUAGCUCAGUUGGUAGAGCAUGGUGCUUGCAACACCAGGGUUGUGGGUUUGAUUCCCACGGG